AUACUCCAACGGUUUGAUUUUGAGGAGGCAUUUGGUCUCUCUUGCUAACCUGCGAAAAGCGCAUCUAUACUGCUAAAAUAUGCUGCUUACGCUGGCUCUGAUUGUGCAAAUGUGCAGCACCAUACAUGGAUAUGAAGAUCAAAAUAAAUACAUCAGAAAAGUGCAAAUAAAUGCAACAUGCAGAGCAGACAAGAUAAAAGUAACAGAAUAUCUCGAAGUGGAAAAAUGGUGCUUCAUAAUGUGUACAAACAAAACCACAGAUUGGAGAGAAAAAACUACCGAAGACUUUUCUGACGAAAGACUCUGCAAUUAUGACCCAUUUGAUCCUCCAAUACCUGUUGCGAUUACUGGGAAAUGCGUUAAUGGAUCUUGCAGAAAUCCCGAUAGCAUCGCUAGGAGAACAAAUCAAGUACCAGCCUGUUUUGAUUAUAAUAGGAUGUUGUACAACGGCGAGGAAAUAGCAGAAGAGUGCAAAAAGAGUUGCUAUGUCAAUAGAUCGCUUGAAGAUGUAAACCUGGAAAACGGGGAGAAGUGUGUAUACAAAAAGACUUCAUACCUCUUUGGAUUAAGUGAAAAAGUAGCUGAAGUUGGGACGUGCCAAGAUGGAAGAUGUACUAAAAAUCAGGGAUGCCUAUGGACGAAGCUGCCUGUUUAUCCCGGAUUCAGCGUCAAUAAAGAGUGCACCGUCACUUGCAAUGCCAGUUUAAAGAAACAGCUGAAUAACGGAACAAUGUGUGCGCUGCGAACUUCAACUUCGGGAUUCACGUUCGGGUCCUUGUUUGGGACAAAACCUACGACGAUUGUGGAAGAAAUAGGUAUCUGCGAUUCGGGGAAGUGUGUUAAACGAGAUGGGUACAAAGUUCCUAUUCACAAUACAACCAAAGGAUGCAACGGAACGGAUGUUUUCAUCAAUGAAAACCUGACAGUAGCGUCACACUGCCAAGCGGAAUGCAGCGACGGCACGUCUGAGCGCAGAGCAGAUGAUAUUCUUUGCCUCUGGCACUACCGUCGACAUGAACAUCUUGAUAUAUUUAGGAUUGGAUUUUGCUACUGUGGAAUCUGCGAGCCUCGUGAUAAUUACGUUGUUUUAGUAGACAGCAAAAACCCGCCCGUAAAGAACAAGGAUCACUUAUAGAAUCGUGCUAAUCUGGCGCUGAAACGAAAAACAAAAGGCCUAUAAUUUUAUUAUACGCCUGUGAAAUACGUUUCAAAAUUAUCUGGCGAAUAUACGUGGAUUUAUUUACUAAUAAAACUUAAUCUGAUUACUGUAAUAAAGCGCAAAACAUGU